AUGAUUCCUCUGGAUUAUAUUUGUGAUGAUGUGAAUGCGGAGCUGAUGGUCAUGGGGUUCAUAUCUCUGCUGCUUACAAGUGGGCAGAGACCAAUUUCAGAGAUCUGUAUAUCCAAAAGCUUACGAGACACACUACUUCCCUGUUCUAAAGAGGAGCCUCAGCAGACCAUAAUGAGGCAUAUGCUGGAGGCUGCAGUGGUGGCUAUUGUGCCAAAAACCUGUGGAGGAAAAAAUGAUGACAAUAUGAAGAGCAGUAGAGAGGAACAUGUGGUGAGAAGUAUGCUGAAUCUUCUCAGAGCUUCAACUGUGGCAUUUCCUGAAGAAACAAUUAUGCAAGAGGCUAAAGUGUUUAGCUCUCAUAUAAAAGCAGUGUUCUCAAAGAGGUGGAGUAUGCAUGCACUUAUGAAUGGCCUCGUACUUUUAUCAUAUGUGAGGUUGAAGGAUGUGAAGAUUUUGGAUCUAGCAAAAUUAAAUUUCAAUAUAUCGCAAUGUGUAUACAAGACAGAGAUGAAGACACUCUCUAGUUGGUGGCUAGAUUCUGGGAUCACAAAAUUGAUAGCACUAAGAGAGCGUACAAUCGAGUACCUUUUGAUUGGAAUUAGUGUUGCAAAUGAGAUUGAGUUUGGUAUUACUAGAAUUGCUGUGGUGAAAGUAGCAACCCUUGCCACUAUACUUGAUGACCUUUUUGAUGACUACUUAAGUCUUGAACAAGUUGAGCUUGUUGUUGAGGUCAUUAUUCAAGGUUGGAAUGUUUCACUUAUACAAAAUUUUCCAAACAAUUUCAAGGCAGUCGUGGAAUUUGUUUCUAAAACAGUUAAUGAAUUGUUAAGUGAUGCCAAUAAAAAGCAAGGGCGUGAUAUGACACAAUUUCUUACAAAAGCAUGGGCAGAUUAUGCUAAAGCUAGUUUACAACAAGCACGAUGGAAUAAAAGUGGAUAUGUUCCAACCUAUAAUGAAUACAUAAAUAUUGCUAAAAUAAGUGCAGGAAUUGGACCAAUUUCAUUGCACUCUAUCCUCUUAACAACCAUUUUAGAAAACAAUGAUAUUGAGAAGACAUUCAUAAAUCAAUCAAGAUUGUGUGAGCUUGCAUGGUUAUCUAUACGCUUAGUAGAUGAUGCACAAGAUUUUCAGGAUGAGCAGAUCCAUGGACAAACUGCCUCUGCCAUUUCUUCAUAUAUGAGAGAUCAUCUUGAAUGCUCAGAAGAUGAUGCAUUAUGGCCACAAGAGACAGAGAAACCGACAGAAAAAAAAACUAAGGCAGAGGUGCACAUAGAGACAGAGCAAUCAACAAUCACAGAAACAUUGAAACAGUUUGAGAAACCUUCAAAGGUUGAGAUGCAAACACAGAUUGAUCCACCAGAAGAAAGUGCAAGCAAAAUGGACACAUUUGACGGAAGCAAAGAGGAUCCUUCAGAGCCGAGUAGUGUGGCGAAGAGGACCAAUUUUGAUGAUCCAACAGUAGCUUAG